CCCUUUGGGCUCAAGCUGGGCAUCUUGCAGGCUCGCAAGACAUCUUCGCGACGGAAGCGCUUCUCCUCCUUUCCUGGUGCGCCCAAGGAAGCCCGCUUGCCAUUUGGAGAGGAUGCAGGGGCCUCCAGGCACCUUCAUCAUCCAGCCUCGGGCCUUCCAUCAGGAGGUCUUGGGCACAAGCCCGGCGGGCGCUGGCCGCGCGGCCCAGGGCCGUGCGCAGCGGCCCGUCGUGUCCGUGCCGCGCUUCUCCGCGCCGCCGCGGAGCGGCCAGGAGGCGAGCGCCGCCUUCUGCGGCCACCUCGGGAUCUUCUCCACGCCGGUGGUCACGCACGCCGGGGCGCAGACCAGGGUGGGGCCGCCGGGAGCCCUGGGCCACACGGACCGCUACAGGCCCGGCGAGCUCCUCUCCAGGAGCGCCUCCCACGCCAUGCCGGACCUGCUCCUCCUCGAACCGAGGCUGGCGCAGCCCUCCGCGAAGGCGGCGGGAGUGAUCAGCAGCUCCUGCAGCACGGCCGACACGGAGCUGGACAGCACCCGCGGCAGCUUCGCGGACGUGGGCGCGUCCGCGGUGGAUUCCGGGAGCACCAGCGUGGCGACCUGCGCGCCACGGGCGGCCGCAGCGCCGGGGCGCGCUGGCGACGCGGAGCGGGCCAGCGACGCGCUGGCCACGGCCGCGACGAUCUCGCUGCACGAGAGCCUGUCGCAGCUCGCCGCGGGGCUGCAGCCAGUGCCGACCGAGGGGUCCAAGAGCCAUCACCUCGGCCAGUGCAAGCCCUGCGCGUUUGUCUUCAAGGGCGGCUGCGCCAACGGGUCGGGCUGCAAGUUCUGCCACCUGUGUCCCCCGGAGGAAAAAAAGAUACGCAAGAAGACGUGGAAGGAGCAGAAGCGCGCGUCCAAGGUCUGCGCCCUGGGAUCCGGCGACCAGGCCUUCGCCGCCAGCGGAGGAGGUAUUUGCGUGGCCGCAGGGCCACUGUGA